AUGCCCACAAAGCGCAAAUUUAGCGCAAGGUUUCCCACGGUUGAUGUUAAGGCCCGAAUCAAAAAGAUCAUGCAAUUGGAUGAUGAAAUCGGGAAGCUCUCGGCUACCGUUCCGCCUGUUGUUUGUAAGAAAUGUGAUAUGCUCAAAUUUUCAGCCCGAGCAUUAGAAUUAUUUGUUGAGCAGCUAUUAACAAAGGCGUACAAACUGACCAUCUCCAGAAAUUCAAAAACUAUUCUGCCUUCUUAUUUGAAAGAGGUUAUAGACACUGAAGAGGUCUUCGCCUUUCUAAAGCCGAUUGUCGCUCAUGUCGCACCUGCAAAAUCGCUUGAAGAGUCGAAAACACGAAUCAAUGCGGUAGUUUCGGAGGGGAAGUCGAAACAAAAGAAUGGAUCUAGUGGGCGUAAGCGACAGAUUGAUGAGUGCUUAUCCGACUGUAUUUUAUCGGAUGAGUCAGGACCCUCCAAUUCUUCCAAAAGUAAUGGCCGCAGGAAGUGUUCGCGCUCGAAGGAUCAGGGCAUUACUCAAAGCGAGAGUUCAGUUGACUUGCGUACUGUCGAACUUGGACACCUGGAGACCGAAUGUGGUAUGAAGAAUCCCAUACGACUAUGCAUUUCCCAAUCUCAAAUAUUGCGUGCCCUCAGCUUAACUACACCCACACCCUUCCACUUUCCUGCCUGUCUUGCCCCUCCGAAUGAAUGCUACAUUGCUCAAAUUCACUGCUCGUUUGGUGGUGGUAAUUCCAUCAUCUCUUUUAGGAAGUUGCAUGCACAACUCAUUACAGGAUGUAGCAAGCCUGCGAUUCGGAAUCAGUGA